AACACGUCCAGAACACGCAGCGAACGCUUUCUAAAAGCCCUCAUACUCAAAUAUCUCGACUGACCCAGAAGAAACUGGCUCAGUCAAUCUACUCUCUCUAGUUUCCAGCCCUUAAUUUUAUGCAACCAGAGUCCAACGAAUCUUCAUCGAUUUCUUCCCCUUCAGCAACCCCAGAACCCUCCAACGCCUCCCAAUAUGGCUUGCCUCGCCCUGAACAUCUCCAUCCCGCAGAUCAACGCAGCGAAUCUGCUGGGUCGAGCGAUGAUGGAUCUGCCGAUGACGACGAUGCGGCAUUGCAGGAACAGUUACGAGGAUUGAGUGUCAGCGAUAAAGGUCAAACGAAGCCUAAACCAUCUUUCUCUCGAAUUUCUGAGUAUGAGAAUGCAUUGUCGCCUUCUCCACCCAGGAAACACAGUGAAGGGCCUGGUUUCAAGAUUAUAAAGAAGAAAGGCAAUCGGCUUGAUGGUGUGCAAUUGGACCAAUUUCCCAAUGAGGUUCUGACUCACAUACUCUCGCAUCUGCCCGCUGCUUCACUCUCAGCAGUCUCCCUCGUCUCGAAGCUAUUCUACAGCUUAGUCACUACUCCUCAUGCCUGGCGCAUUGCCUUCUCUCGCUACUUUCCCGGUCAAGACGCAAUCGACGCUCCCAAUCCCGCAAAUCGACGAAUCUCCGACCCCGAAAUCCACGAGCAGCUUCGAUCCGAGCGACGUCUCUUCACUCGAUUGACAGGUCUUGCGUCCUGGCGCAGCGAAUACAUCCUUCGUACGCGACUUCUUCGAAGUUUGGGACGUGGAAAACCUGCGCAGAUUGCGCCGGGUCAUGGCGCUUCCUCGAGAUCCAAUAGUGCAGCGAAUAAUGCAAAUGCAGUGGUUACGUAUAGCUCGCAGCUAUUUGCUACCAUCAAUCACAUCCAUGCGGUUUGGAGCACUGGGAAGAAAUCCCCGAGGUUUAUACAUGGCACAGAUGAGACUGGUUCAGCUUGCACUAGCGAUCCGAACAUUGGCAAGAUUGACAAUUGGGGUCUCUCCGAUCCUCAAGCCCUGCCUCAGUUCGCCGAGCUCUUUGUUGGUGACCAUCCGUAUGGACUCGGUGAUGGCCCAGCAGGAUUGCCAAACUCGAUGGACCUGAGUCAGCCGUUCGGUAUGAUCUAUGGUGAAGGUUUCCCUGGUGGACAGGCAUACUUUCGACCAACAGAAGAGAUGCGUGGUCGUUUCUUGAGUCAACCAUCUGAUUUGACAGCUCAUGAUGCUGGUAUUCCGAGGAUUCCUGGACUUACGGAAGCCACUUCUGCUGUCUGGAUUGCUAAGUCUACAGCUGUUCCGGUGAUGACGGAUGGAUUGGUGGGAAUGUUUACGGGGUCGACUUUGGGUGUUGUUACAGCCUAUUCUCUUGGAUCGGAUACUUCUCAGGGACGACGUAUCAACAAGGGUCAAUUGACUGCAAAGUGGGUUCUAAGCCCUGGAGUUCCAAUCAUCGCCAUUGCAGUCGACGACUCGUGCAACCAGAAGCGAAAGCUUGCUGGUCGAAUCUGGGCAGUGGCUUUGAAUGCUCUUGGUGAGGUCUUUUACCUUACAGAAAUCCCAUCAUCUGCUCUCCUUGAUGGCAAAGUGGAAGAGAACAACACAGGCCGUCAUGCUUGGACUGCUGGUCGUACAGCAUAUUGGCAUCUGGCCGAACCCUCUCGACGUGUUGCUCGAGAUGAUCCUUACCACGAAGCCGAAAUUCAUGGAAGCUACUCGCCUAGAUCUUCUUCCAAGAAGAUGCAUCUGUCCAAAGCUCAACUUACUGCUGAAACGGCGGAGAUUGAGAAAUUCCUGGCGUAUCAACCAGCUCAUUUCCGCAAGCUCUGCGAAGGAUGGGAUAUGAGAAGAAGACUUGAGGUUGAUUUUGCUGGUGAUGAUGGCAAAGGUGCUGGAGAAGGUAUCUUUGUAAUCAGAUGUGGCAUCAUGGAAGGAGAAAAGGCGGAAAUCAAACGGUUCACGAGAUGGAAGACGGAGCAGGCUUCUCUUGAUGAGUAUCCACAGCCCAAAACUCCUCCCAUGGUUCCGAGAACAACUACGAUGGCAUCAUUGUUUGGCGGAGGAACAGUCAUCAGCCCUCCUCGCAAUGCUUCUCCUGAGCGGAGAACUUCAUUGUUCGGUGGCAGCGCAAUCGUGACUCCAGCUCGGGUCAGCUCGCCGGAUCGAACGCCAAGCACGCCCAGCAGUCCAAUUGUUCGAGGAUCCCAUACUCUUGUCGAAGAAUGGCGCACAUCAAUCUUGUCCUUGAAAGAUCUUCCAACUAUCGAGAUCACGACGAGCGCGAUCGACAUCUCGACGUAUGCUACUCUUACAGUUGAGGAAGAUCCUUUGCGAACAGUGAAUGGUGGCUCAGGCUUCUCGUCUCCAUAUGCAACGCCGUCAGACCCUGAUAAUAGCUCUUCAAGCCAUAUCCCUGGUCAUCGAUCUCGUUUCAUUGCUAUUGGCACCAAAAGUGGAGUUGUCAUCAUGUGGAAUAUGCGAGGUCCGCAGCCUACGAAUGCGUCAUUGGCCAAUGAACUCCGACCCCUGCGUACCAUCUACACAGAUUCUCCCCAGAUCUCUUGCCUCGCGGUAUCCGCGUUGUAUGUUGUGCACGGAGGCAAUGAUGGUUUGGUUCAAGCUUGGGAUCCUCUUGCUUCAACACUACAGCCAGUCAGAACUCUCAAUUCACGAUUUUCUUCUCGUGCUCGACGUCGUUUGAUUCAAGCUGAGGCUUCGAUUUAUGGUAUCGGCAUCAAUCUCUACGCUGCGGGUGCUAUUGUGAUUGAUCCUGAUCCAACUGUCUUGCGUGGAAUGGUUUCUCUUGGAACACAUCUUCGCUACUGGGCGUACAGCUCAUCAGGAGCAGAUCAAUACCAGAGUAAGAAACGACGUCUUCGUCGCUCUGGUGAGCGUGGAAGUAAUGCAGCUCCUGAUCGCUUCACCAACACCGGUCGAGGCGCUCUCAUGGAUUACAUUGCAACGGAGCAAGAAGAGUUGAAAAAAGAGAAGCUGCGCAGAUCAAGAGACGAAGCGAGACUUCAAGCAAGAUUUGGUGUUGGACUUGGAGGAUUAACUGAAGAAGAGGCUAUUCGCUACGCUGAAAUGGUCUCUGCUGAAGCUUUCCAGAAAGAUGAGGAACGCCGCAUGAGCGAUGCUAACAUGGCUGGCUACCUUGGUGACACCAACGAAAGCUCUUCCGCUGCGAGCGUCUGGAGUAGCAGUAGUGCUACCGUAACCCCUGAGCCCAGCGUCAAAGGCAGAGCAAGCUCAGCCUCGAAUUACAAGACUGACGAAGAGUUCGAUCACGAUCUUGAAGAAGCGAUUCGUCUUUCACUUCUUGAUGGCGUCGAUGAGGGAGGGCGGUCGCCUAGAGCUUCUGGCUCGGGAGAAUACGACAUUCCAAUCACGUAUAAGCAAAAGAAGAGUCGUCGUUCCGCUUCUUCUUCACCUUCUACGAGCAAGGCGUCUAAAACCAGAGUCCGACCUGCAGCUACAAGCAGCAAAGGCGUUGCGCCUGAUGACUUGGAGUAUGCUUUGCAGUUGAGUCUCGCGGAGGAGCGAAGCAAAGCUGAUAGAUUCACGCAUGUUGAAGAGGGAGAUUUUCCAACUCUGGAUCGUGAUGACAAUGGCAAGGGGAAGGGACGUGCUUGAUUGGCGGAUGGCCAACCAAUGGUACUUUGCAGAUUGAUUCCAAACUUGCUGUUAUUACGCGUUGAUUUUACCAAUUCUAAGCUUCUAUACCUGCCAUUCGGGCAUUGCGAUUAAUUAGAUUCAACUUCUUCCUUUCAAAGCCCG